AUGGCAUUGUUAGACUUAAGCAAUAACAAAUUUUCAGGAGUUAAUCCUUCCAGCGUUUCCCAGUGGAGAAAUCUCAGUAUAUUUCGGGCAAGCAACAAUAAUUUAUGUGGUAAUAUUCCAGUGGAGUUAACUGCUCUUUCAUAUCUUAAUACUCUUGCACUCGAUGGAAAUCAACUAUCGGGCAAGCAACAAUAUGUGACACAAAUAUAUUAUCCUGAUUUUACUUACCGAGCAACCAUUUUCAUGAUGUUUCUGUAUUUCACGUUCUUCAAAGACCCUAUUGGGAAAAAAGAACGUAACAGUAGUGAACAGCAGGAGUGGAAACUUAAACCAUUUCAUAGGGUAGAGACUGGAGGAUCAGAAAAGGUUUAUAGUGUUAUUAUGAAUGACGCGGGUGGUAUAGUGGCGGUCAAGAGAAUCUGGAAUGGGAGAAAACUAGAAGGUGCACUUGAAAAGCAAUUUUCAACAGAGGUUGAGAUUCUGGGCACAAUUAGGCAUGCUAAUAUAGUAAAGUUGUUGUGCUAUGUCUCAAGUGCACAAGAUAAGCUUCUUGUAUAUGAGUAUGUGGAGAACCAAAGCCUUGAUAAAUGGCUUAACAGGAAAAUGGAAGGAAAUGAAUCAUCAACAAUAUACUCAGAGACAUCAAUGAACAGUCAUGCUCCAGGUAUUCUGGAUUGGGUAACACGAUUAAAAAUUGCUAUUGGAGCUGCCAAGGGUCUAUGUUAUUUGCAUUAUGAUUGUUCUCCUUCCAUCGUUCACAGAGACGUAAAAUCAAGCAAUAUCUUACUAGACUCGGAAUUCAAUGCAAAAAUUGCAGAUUUUGGAUUAGCAAUGGUAGCAGUUAAAAAUGGAGAACCACAAACUGCAUCUGGAGUAAAAGGCUCUUUUGGUUACAUAGCUCCAGAAUAUUGGCGCACAAAAAAGCUGAAUGUGAAGAUUGAUGUGUACAGCUUCAGAGUUGUGCACUUGUGCUUCUACAAAUGGUUACAGGAAAAGAACCUUGCAAGGGAAAUGAUCAUUUGAACCUAGCAGACUGGUCAUGGCAAUGGUAUUGUGAGCAACGUCCUAUAGUGGAUGCCUUAGAUGAAGUUAUCAAGGAACCAAGCGUCAUGGAACAGAUGGUUAGUGUGUUUAAACUAGGUCUCAUGUGCACAAGCAAGAAUCCAGUUUUAAGACCAAAUAUGAAGCAGGUUCUACAAGUGCUCACUAUGAACAGCCACCGUGAAAACGACAGCCUUCCUCAAUCAGUGAACAAAGAAUGAUUUUUUCUGAAUUCCUUGAUGGAAAAUUUUUUGUUGCUAGCAUAAGAGAAUGAGAAUGCUCUCUAUUAGGAUUCAUUUUAGAAUUCUGAUGCAAACAGCAGAUAUUCAAUUAAACUCAUUCUCCAUUUCUGCUGUUUUCCCAGAAUUUAGAAUUUAGAAUUCAUUUCUGAUGCAACACUCAUAUACUCUAGAGUAGAAAAAAAAAGAAUAAAACAAAUAAUUCUAAAUUCUUAGUUAAUACUCUCUAUAUAACUAAUCAUGAAAAAUAUACUUCCCAUCAUGUAGGGAAAGAAAACAUUGUUUAUGUCAAGUGUAGAGAAUGAGUUUAAUUUUUGAGAUAAAUAUUUUGAGUACUUUGUGGUUUACUUUAAUUUUUCUAAUGAGUCUAGCACCCAUUUUUUGUGCUAAAGAAUUUAUGCUCUCAUACAUUGUUUGGAUAGAAGAAAUUGCAGGAAAAAGAAAAGGAAGGGGAAUCGAGAGAUGAGGCUUCUGUAGAUGGAAAGCGGAAAAAAAUUAAGGGAUGAAUUCCUUCAAAUUCUAUAAGAAGUUAUCCCGAAGAAUUUCUU